CUGACGGUGUCCGACGUCGCCGUGCCCGGGAACCCCUUGGUCUUCGGGAACGCGGCCUUCCGGGAUCUCGUGGGCUACGACUUCGACGAGUUCCUCGGGCGGAACUGCCGCUUCCUCCAGGGGCCCGCGUCGGAGCCCGAGGCGCUCGCGUGCCUCAGCGCCUGCCUCCAGGAGCGGCAGGACUGCGAAGUCGUGCUGACGAACUACCGCAAGAACGGCCAGAUGUUCCGGAACCUCGUGAGCUUCCGGCCGCUCUUCGACGCCGACGGCGGCUAUAGAUUCGUGCUCUGCGUCCAGCACGAG